UACCUCCUAGCCACCAUCUUGUCUACGUUGCGCAUCCAUCGCAUCGAUCACUUUCUUUUCUUGUGUGUGCGUCGUUCUUUGGUGACGCUACGCUGUUAUAGAUACAGUUACAAAUUUCACUAUUGCGUUUUUUACAAAUAUACAAUUUACGGGUCAAAGUGAGUGCGACUGAUAAGUUUUUCAGUGCGUUACAUUUUUACGCUAAUAGCGUCAGGACAAUGCAAAUGCACGGUAUGAACCAAUACGGUAAUCAUAGAGGGUUUGGAGGACCCCCGCAGCCACAAAGGCAGGGUGGUCGUCGUGGUAUGAAUAGAGGAGGUUUUCGUAAUAAUUCAAGAUUUGAGCACAAUCAAAGGAAUCAGAGUCCUGGAGGUCAACGACCCAAUAACGAAUCUGGGAAGCCACCUCAAGUGCAGCAGAAACAGAAUCAGGUUCAGUCUAAAAAUGAGCCAGCUACUCAACAGGCACCUCAGGCAAAAGCAACAACACCGAUUCAACAAAAACCGGUGCAGAACCAGCCUAAGCCUCAACAGCAGCAAAAUCAGCAGCAACAGCAACAGCAACCAGCUCAGCAGCAGCAACCAAAACCGCAGCAACAGCAGCAAAAACCACAGCAGCAGCAGCAACCGCAGCAGCAACAGCAGCAGCAACAGCAGAAGCCUCAGAGUACUCCUGCCAAGCAGGAUUCCCAAGAUAAAGUUGAUAGCGAACAGAAGAACCAGAAUCAGAACAAUCAAAAUCAACAGCAAAGGAACAUGAAUGGAAACUUUGGAGGUGGCAACAGGCAAGGUGGAUGGUCUCAGGGUGGGCCUGGUAACAAACAAGGUGGCAACUUUGGUCAAGGAGGAAAUAAGCCUUUCGGCCAGAAACCUGGAGGUCCAGGAGGGCCAGGUCCAAUCAGGAACCAACAGCGUAACAAUAGAGGUCCAAAUCAAGAUGGCAAACCAUUGCAGAGGGAAGAACAUAUGCUUGCCAACAAACUUAAAGAUUUAGUUGGACCAAUACUUGAUUUGCACCCAAUAGAUCAAACGGAAAUGAAAUUCAAUGGCAGAAGCAGACUGUACAUUGGUAAUUUGACUAAUGAUGUUACUGAGGAUGAAAUUCUGAAUCUAUUUACUCCAUUUGGAGAAGCUGCUGAGCUAUUUUUAAAUAAAGAGAAGAACUUUGGAUUUAUCAAGAUGGACUACAGAGUCAAUGCAGAAAGGGCAAAACGUGAAUUAGAUGGGAAGAUGAGGAAUGGCAAGACUUUACGAGUUAGGUUUGCCCCACAUAACAGUGCUAUUCGUAUCAAAAAUUUACCGCCUUUUGUUUCCAAUGAACUACUAUACCGUGCCUUUGAAAUCUUUGGGAAAAUUGAGAGAGCUUAUGUCAGAGUAGACGAGCGCGGGAAAACUCUUGGAGAGGGCGUUGUGGAGUAUGCCCGGAAGCCUAGUGCAUUGGCGGCCAUUCGUAACUGCAGUGAAAGAUGCUUCUUCUUAACUUCAUCCCUUCGUCCUGUUAUUGUGGAGAGCUAUGAGGAACCUGAUGAACUAGAUGGUUACCCAGAAAAGAAUUUGCCUAAGAAGCAUCCAGAAUUCCAAAAGGCUCGUGAGAUGGGGCCUCGUUUCUCAGAAUUGGGAAGUUUUGAACAUGAAUAUGGUACUAGGUGGAAGCAAUUGCAUGAACUUCACCGUCAGAAGGAAGAGGCGCUAAAGAAAGAACUGGCUGCCGAGGAGGAGAAGUUGGAAGCUCAAAUGGAAUAUGCCAAGUACGAGCACGAGACUGAGCUGCUCCGCGAGCAACUGCGGCAGCGCGAGCAAGACCGCGAGCGCCAGAAGCGCAGCUGGGAGAUGGCCGAGCGCGCCGCCGACGAGCGCCGCGAGCAGGAGCGCGCGCAGCUGCUGCGCCAGGAGGAGGAGCUGUCGCAGCGCAUGCGCAACCAGGACGACGAGCUGCGCCGCCGCCAGCAGGAGAACACGCUCUUUGUGCAGGUGAGCACGCGCAGCUGCUGCGCCAGGAGGAGGAGCUCUGCUGCGCCAGGAGGAGGAGCUGUCGCAGCGCAUGCGCAACCAGGACGACGAGCUGCGCCGCCGCCAGCAGGAGAACACGCUCUUUGUGCAGGUGAGCACGCGCAGCUGCUGCGCCAGGAGGAGGAGCUGUCGCAGCGCAUGCGCAACCAGGACGACGAGCUGCGCCGCCGCCAGCAGGAGAACACGCUCUUUGUGCAGCUGCUGCGCCAGGAGGAGGAGCUGUCGCAGCGCAUGCGCAACCAGGACGACGAGCUGCGCCGCCGCCAGCAGGAGAACACGCUCUUUGUGCAGCUGCUGCGCCAGGAGGAGGAGCUGUCGCAGCGCAUGCGCAACCAGGACGACGAGCUGCGCCGCCGCCAGCAGGAGAACACGCUCUUUGUGCAGCUGCUGCGCCAGGAGGAGGAGCUGUCGCAGCGCAUGCGCAACCAGGACGACGAGCUGCGCCGCCGCCAGCAGGAGAACACGCUCUUUGUGCAGGUGACUGUACUUUAA